AUUAGUCUAUUCAUAAGGAGUUGGGCAGGAAUUAUAAAACCAUGCUGAAUGUUGUACCGGAAAAGUCAGCAAUAAGGUAGCUUACUACGAAAUCGUGGUUUAGCCGUUUUUUGUCCUAUCAAUUUUGACUUUAUAUUACGUGUUUUUGAUUGGACCGCGGAUACGACACGAUUUUACAAUGCAUACGUACAACAGAGCCCACUAGACAAUGAUCAGGAGACCCUACGUACAUACGUACCAGCUCCCCUGUCACAACAAAACGAAAGUUCUUAUCAUUCGAAGCUAACUCUACUUACUCCACCUGCAGCUAGCCCUAUGAUGUGCAUCAACGGGGUUAAGUGCACAAGAUGUCUAAACGGGGGUUAUGCCCACUUAUUCUAAAAAAGAUGUUGCCUACAAUACUUAUUACUAGUAUUUUCUCGAAAUACCAGAGUUUGGGGUGACUGACUCAUUUGAUUCAAGAGUGAAUAAAGUUGUGGGUCGCGCCAUAGAGAAGCGAUUUAAGCUGCUUGCUGGAAAGAAAAGCAAAUUACGAGUGUUGGGUGAAGCUAUGUCCACUGGCAUCGUAAACUUUAGGAAAGAGGGCCGAAAAAUGCUGAGCUAGUGCCAGAAGAGUAAAGGCCUAAUGAAACAAGUAAUUGAAGGAAAUCAAGAUAUGAGAUUGAUUCUCCAAAUCAGAAGGCAACGGCUGGGGAAAGGCAGAAUAUAAAAGAGAAGAAUUUCAGUAGCAUAGGUAUCCUUUUCAAAUCAAUUUUCAAAAGCAGAAACAAAGGGUAUUGACUGUGUUUUGGAAAAGAAAAGGAGAGGUAGCUGUCAGGGAGAUAGUGUGAGUAGUUAGCGAUCUGAAUUCUGGCAGGGAGCUGAAUUCUGAUCAGGAACUCUGAUCUAGUAACGAGGAGUUACUACGAGAUCGAUUGUAAACUGUAAUCCGAAUCAUAACAUCAUAGUAAUGUUAAAGGACUCAAAUCAGAGUUCCUUUGACCGUGGACUAGUCGAUACUGAUUUCUCAGUAUCGGAAACCACGUAAAAAUCUCGGUGUCAAGCUUUCUCAUUUCAAUUCAGUUUGUUCUAUAACUUGCCUCUGUUUUUGCAGCAUACUCUGUUUUGCAGGUUACAGAAAGAAGAGCUGCACUGAUGUUGGAGAAGCAAAGCUCAACGCAGUCGUUUUGAGCUUAAGCUUGUUAACAGGCCGUAUCAAGAAAAGGAGGCUAGAGGAAAAUGGACCGAUGAGGAUAAGAAGAAUUUUCAACUGAAUUCGAAGGCCACAAACUUGAUGUACUGCACACUAGGGCCAGAGGAAUAUCAUCGUGUCUCUGGAUGCAAAACCGAGAAAGAAAUCUGGGGCAAACUCCAGAUUGCUCACGAAGGUACUACUCAUGUCAAGAUUUCAAGGAUUAAUGUUCUCAAGCAAGAGUUCGAAGCUUUUGGGAUGAAAUCGGAUGAGACUAUCAAGGAGAUGCAUGAUAGGUUUACAACUAUAGUCAACAGCCUGAGGAAAAUCUGGAAGUUGAGUACACUAGUGCUGAUCUGGUCAGAAAGGUAGUCUGGGCUCUGCCAAGGAAAUGGACGCCCAAAGUUACAACAAUAGAGGAAUCUAAAGAUUUAACCAAGCUAAGCUUAGAUGAGCUGAUGGGAUCUGUAGUUACACACGAAGAUAAGUUGAGACGAGAAGAAAGUGAGGAACCAAGAAAAGAAAAACAGAGUAUUGCUUUCAAAGUCUCAGAACAUGAAGAGGAAUUUGAUAGUUUGGAUGAUAUGGAGGACGAUGAAUUGGCCAUGUUAAGUAAACAUGUGGCCAAGUUACUAAGGUUAAGGAAGGAAAGAAGAAGAAACAUCAAUGGCCGUGCAAAGGAAGCUGACUCAGACAAGGAUCAAUUUAGGCAAUCCAAACAGAACUCAAGAUUCAGAAAAGAGUUAGCUGAGAAGAAUACAUCACAAGAAGGAUGCUUUAAGUGUGGAAGAAAUGGACACAUUAAGGUGGACUGUCCUCAAAUAAAGAAAGACAAGGCACAUGCAGCCACCUGGAGCUGCAGUGAAGAUGAAGACGAAGAUGGAGAAUCCGGUAGAAGGCAAUAAGCUUUUAUGGCUAUUGGGGAUAGUGACGAUGAAUGCCUCUCGUCUCAGGUAAGGACUCUAAGCUAUUACUCUGAUAUUGGUAGUGAAAAUGAUCAAAUAAAUGAGACUAUCAGGGAUAUACAAUUAGAAGUCAAGAAUGUUAAGAACAAGUACUCAAAACUUAAGCUAGAAUUCGACAAAUUAACUGAGCAAUACGCUAAUCUAAAGAAAGAAAAGUCAGUUCUAGAUAAGCAAAUGAAUGAAGUAUUGAAAAGAAAUAGUGAACUAGAAGUCAAGCUAACAGAACAUGGUAAAAGAUAUGAAACCUCCAACACAAAAGGAAAUCAGUCUGCUAGGUCACGACAUACACCUCAUAAGCACGAUUUAGAAAAUGUUGAAUGUUUUUACUGUCAUUUAAAAGGUCACUACAUUGCUAAUUGUGAAAGGAGAAUAGCUAAAGAAGCUAGACUGAGAGUGACAAUAUGUUAUAGCUGUCAUAAAACUGGCCAUAUGAGCUAUAAGUGUCAAAAUCCAAAACCAAAAGAUGUUAGUUUUAAGCUGAUUUGGUUACCUAAAACAAAGUAAAACAUUUGUGUAAUUAGGUCUGCUUCCAAGUGAGCAUGGAAGACAACGAGUGGAUUCUGGAUAGUGGAUGCUCACAUAAUAUGACUGGAAAUGAAAAACUCUUCACAAAACUGAUUAAAGGAAAGAAAGGUAAAGUUUAUUUUGGUGAUAACUAUAGUACUGACGUUCUUGGUAAAGGGGAAGUUGGAACUACACCUAAAAUAAGAAAUGUGAUGUUAGUUGAUGGACUAAAACAUAAUAUGUUCUCAAUUAGUCAAGUUUGUGGAGAAUCAAAUAGAGUAGUAUUUGAACCAACUGCAUGCUAUGUAGAAAACAUUGAAAGUGGAAAAAUUCUGUUUUCUGGAAAAAGGAAAGGAAAACAGUUUUGCAUAAACUUAAGUGAUAAAGGUCUAUUUAGUGAAAUGUGUCUAGUAACUGUUGAUAAAAAUGAUCAAUUAGAAUGGCACAGGAGACUUGGACAUGUUAGUGUAGGUACUCUAUCCAAACUUGUAAGUUUAAACUUAGUAACUGGCAUUCCUAAGGUUAACUGCAAGAAAGAGUUUUUCUGUGAAGCCUGCACUAAAGGAAAACAAGUAAGAUCUUCAUUUAAAUCUAAACAAGUCAUUUCUACAACAAAAACUUUGGAACUGUUGCACUUAGACUUAUUUGGUCCAAGCAACGUAAUGAGUAUAGGAGGGAAGUCCUAUGCAUUUGUAAUAGUUGAUGACUUUUCAAGAUUUACAUGGGUGAUGUUUCUGGGAAGUAAAGAUUAGGCCUAUAAAAACUUUAAAAAUCUAGUCAGGCGAUUGGAAAAUGAGAAGGAAACUAAGGUAAUUAAUAUUAGAAGUGAUCACGGUGGUGAAUUUAUAUCAGAGAAAUUCGAUAAAUUCUGUGAGAAGGCUAGUAUAGCACACAAUUUUUCAGCCCAUAGAACACCUCAGCAGAAUGGUGUGGUGGAAAGGAAGAGUAGAACAUUGAUAGAGAUUGCUAGAACAAUGCUGAAUGAGUAUAGUCUUCCUAAAUUUUUUUGGACAGAGGCUGUAAAUACAGCAUGCUAUACUAUCAAUCGUGCUCUAAUCAGAUCCAAACUUAACAAGACACCUUACGAGUUAUGGAAAGAUAGGAAGCCAAAUCUGGGGUAUUUUCAUUCAUUUGGAUGUAAAUGCUUUGUGCUUAAUACAAAAAAUAAUCUGGG